GGUGGACUUAAUGCCACGAGGCAUUCUCUACCAGUUAACCUUAAGGCUAAGCAGAGAGAUUGUGAGCGGUGCUACAAUUACAACAGCAAAACAAAUCAUAUAGUUAUUAAAUUUUUUAAUAAAAAAAAACAAAACGGUGAAAUUUUGAUACUUUACGUAUAUUAAAAAGAGUAUUUUUUAGGGGAAAGAAGUAUUAUUAAUCCAGAAAUAUCAAUAAAUUGAGUAGUGCCGUCUUUGACUCUUUGCACCUUUUAUUUUAGCACUUCAUUACUAUGGUCACUUUUAUUCACUUCAAUAAUACGGAGUAUUUAUUUGGGGAAACUACGGAUGUUAGGAAGGAAUAGCUUUUAUCAUUAUCAUUUUAAGCAGACGAAGUCACGGACAGAAGCUAGUUGUACCUAUAAUAAUUAACCAUGGAUUUUCAAAGAAAAAUAAGCCGAUUAAGACAUGACAUUGUUUUAUAUAAUUUAACAUUUUGUGGCUGCGCUGUGAUGUUUUUAUGGUUAUUGCUUCUUAUUGGUUCACAGAUAUGGUGCCUAGCAGUGUGCCCGCCAGUUCACGAACAGGGAAAAGGUUGCGAAUUGGCAAAGGAGCUAAUAAACGUCAACAAGACACGCGUGAGAUACAGGCGCAUACUGCAAGACCUUACCAGAAAAAACGAGUCAUCCGGCAGACGUAAUCCAUAUCCUGACUAUGGAAAUAAUGAACACGAUAGUGCCGAGAAGACAGUAACCACAACGGAAUCUUCAAAUAUAACGAAACUAUAUUGGAACGUUACUCACGAACGAUGCGACUACGAGAGGAUACGCUGUUUGAGGGCAUACGCUACCGGAGCAGUUUGCGCUCGGACGCUAUAUUAUAACUACUACAGCUUUCCUAAUUAUUGUACUCUGGAGUAUCAUAACUGUAUCAGCAGAUACGAAGGUAUUUGGACGAUCGCUUAUAUGGGUCUUUGUACAGAAGUCGAUUUACAAAAAGAAAUAUAUGGGAUAUGAUCAAAUGACAAACGUUUCAUUUCUAACACAAAUGUACGUUGCUGACUCUGGCGACCUAACGAAUGUCGGCUGAUUAGGACCAUGGAACCAUAUACAGCUUCGUAGACCGGUGUCACUACCGGCUCGGCUAAGCAAUAUCAGCUGAUCAAUAAGGCCCGGUAUUGUGGGUGCGGCUAUUGAUAGAUUGUGGAGAGAGAGCAACGCUUAUUGUUGGUAAAUUCUUGUUUAAUGCCAUGUACUAUUAUUAGUAUAAAACCUCAAUGUAUAUCAAACUAUCUGAUACGUACUCGUACUCUUUUCACCGGCCAAUUAUUGAAAAAUAAUGCUUUAAAAGCGGCCAAGUGCGAGUCGGACUCGCGCAUGAAGGGUUCCGUACCAUUUAAGACGCCCAUUGGCAUAAUACAGCUCAUUAUAUCUCAGUAUGCUGGCAUACAAUAACACCGUUUACGAGCAUGUGUGAUGAAAAAAACUAUCAUUAAUUAUUGUCGAUACGUUCGUUGUUGUUUAUUGUCUUGUUCUCUCCCUACAAUCCGCACCCAAAAUUCUGAUUUACUGAUCAAGAAUACGAUUACCGUGAUCGAGAAAGUAUCUAUGUAAUUCCUUAAAUAGGUUGAUGUCAUGAUGAUGAACUCUCCAAGUUAUCGUAUUCUUGACCAGUAGAUUAAACUUACGACGGACGGACUUAUGACGGAUUAACAUUUCCAAUAUGUCGGUUUUUUUUUUCAAUAAUUGGCCGUUGAAAAGAGUAAGAGUUUUAUACUAAUAAUUUUACACUAAUAAUAGUACAUGGCAAUAAACAAGAAUUUACUAACAAAAGGCGUUGCUCUCUCUCUCUACAAUCUGUCAAUAGCCGCACCCAAAAUACCGGGCCCUAUUGAUCUGCUGAUAUUGCUUAGCCUAGCCGGUAGUGACCCGGUCAGAAAAGGAGGAGAGGCCUUCGCCCAGCAGUUGGUUACCUAGGCUAAUAAUAUAUAUAUAUAUAUAUAUA